AUGUUCAGUUUUCUGAUUGCCAAGGCUACUCUUCCUAAACUGAAUUGGAUGUCGUUCAUUGCGCCCUGCCUCUUAACAUAUCCUACCUCCACUUACGCCUUUCCUUUCUUUUCCCCUUCGCAUUUGCGUUGGUUGGACCACCGUAUAGGAUAUGAUUGUGCUCAUCCAGCAUCUAAGUCAAAAUCAAAGUGCCUCAACGAGAUUGUCCGCACCCGAAGAACUUGCCUUGAGCCGGUGCAAAACAAUGAAACCUCUUCGCAGUCUUCUACAUGGCUAAACAACUACGACCCGCCGCCUCAGUUGCCCCCUUCUUGCUCAUCCACCUUCACUGCCAUUCAUCUAUAUUACAACCAAUCUGCUACUUAUACCUGA